AUGACACAGCAAGAAAACGCCUCGUCUAAGCUGGUGCCUGGAGCGGCAAGCAAGAUGCCACCAAUUCCACAGGGCGCCAGGAUUCAGAAGCGUCCCCUCACUCGACGCCAGCUCCCAGCGUCGUCCAAGACGCCCGUCAUUUACGUGUCCUCAAAUUCUCCCUUCAUGUCCGUCGUGAAGCGGACUAGAAAGUUCCUGGACAAGGCCCUGCGUAGUAAUGCUGCUGCUGCCAAGAAUGUGUCCUUGCACGCGCGCGUUGAGGCACUGAAGCGAGGCAGUGGUAGUGGGACGGCUCGUGGAGCUGUGGUGACAGUGAUGGGCACAGGUAAAGCUAUUGAAAAGACACUACACGUUGCAAGCUGGUUCGAGCAGCAAGGAGACUGUGUGGUUGAGAUUAAAACACGAACCAUCGGGACAGUAGACGAUGUGGUUACGGGAGAUGCAGACGACGUGUUUGGGGCUGACAACGAAAGUCGGUUGAGGAAGCUUAAUUGCUUGGAAGUUGCUAUCAGCUUAAAGUGAAGCGCCUCGGAACACGAGCAUUUAUGAAAACAUUAAAAGCAUCAAGGGCAAGAUGGGGGGAAAGUGGACAAUCAGGCUCGCUGAAGGAUGACAUCUAUUAGCGAUGCGCAAAGCAGUGAGCUCUUAUGCAACCACUGCACGAAUCUCGCUGACCAAACAAGUCUCCAGCAGACAAGCAACAUCGAUGAACCGCCAUGAGCAAAGAUGAGCACACGCAUAUCAAACGCCGAAAGCGCCACCAUCAAACAGACCAAGGAAUAACCUCACAGAGACCAACCCACAGAUGCCUUGAAAAAGCGUCAAAUUAACAGGAUUUCUUUCGCUUCAAACUUCCCCAUGCCUAAUUCCGUUGCCGCCUCAUUAGAAAGAAAAGAUAAAAAAAAGAAAAAGAAAAAAAAAAGGCCCCGUACUCCGAUUCCGAUGCAGCCCAUUACCGCCAAACCAAAGGUAACCGAUGUCGAAAAAUACUCCAGAAAGAGAACUCCACGCUUCAAAACUCCGCAAAUCUGCCGUCACCCGGGCGAGUCAUCGUGAUUCCGCCAUACCGUUGAGAAGAGAGAAAAAGAAAACACAGUCCGCCGGCGCCGCCUCCCUAUGCUUUGUGUCGUUUGGUCUUGCAAUAGCAUUUUUUAAAAAAAGAGAUUUUCGGGUUAUGCUCGUAGCAUAAUGCGUCUUUUCCCGAUAGAUGGCCUUAUGCUGCCGUCUUCAAGU